AAUAAUUCACUUGAUUUAAACAUUUAAUGUAAUAUAGUAUGAGGAACUCAACACAUUUAGCUAACAUGAAGAAAAGCUGCAGUAUGAAAAAAUCAGUCAAUACCAGUUUGAAUGCUUAAUCUGAAUCACCAAAGAGUAUUAAGACUGAACCAUCAAAAGAAGAUUAUUAUAUUUAAUUAUCUCCGCGUUUAGAAACCAAAAUGUUAACUUUUACCAAUUAAAUAAAAAAACUCAAAGUAAUCUAACAUGAGGAGUUAGAAGGAGAAUAAUAAGUUAAAUCUUAAAGUCAACCUUCAAAAGAAAAAAUAAGAAAUAUUGUCUAAAAACUCAGACAAGAAUAGCCAAAGAGUCAUUUUUAUAAUGAAAUGAAGAUUUCAAGAAGACUUAAAACAGAACAAUGAUUACCGCAUUUUAUCUAUUUUUUAUAUAAACUCACUGGUUAAAUUAAAUUAUGGUUUCUUUGGAUUAUCAUAGAACUGGUUUAUAUUCACAAUUGUUUACUUCAUUUUAAUUCUUUUAUAUAAAAGCUAAGAC